AUCAAAUUUGAACAAGGCAUUCUUGGGACUCCCAAGCUGACAGAAAAUGUGGAAUUUCUGGGACAUCAGUUCGACCUCACACUCUUUAGAGCCAUAAUCUCCUCUGUGGAAGAUACAGCUUCAUCUGUUGCAAAGACCAUUUCCAGUCAAUUACCAUUGACGUUUCCUAUCUCAAACAGCAGCGCUGAAUCAUGGUUGCUAACCACAUACCUCGACGAUGAUCUUCGAAUUUCAAGAGGUGAUGCUGGAAGUUUAUUUGUGUUUAUUAAGGAAGGCAGUCCCCUCUUGACGCCCUGA